UGUGCGCGUGUUCGUGCGUUUGGGUGUGCGUGCAGUCGGGAUCCCUGACAGAUGAAUUGUUGAAAAUAGAGGAAAAGGGAACGCGGGCGACUCUCCCGUGUAUCAAACCAUGUUUCCAAAAGGCAAGAGCUCCGUGGUGCCGUCGGACGGCCAGGCCCGGGAAAAGCUGGCUCUGUAUGUUUACGAAUAUUUGCUACACAUUGGUGCACAGAAGUCUGCCCAGACCUUCCUGUCAGAGAUUCGAUGGGAAAAGAACAUUACUCUAGGAGAUCCCCCGGGGUUCCUGCACUCCUGGUGGUGCGUGUUCUGGGAUUUGUACUGUGCUGCCCCCGAGAGACGGGACUCGUGCGAACACUCGAGCGAGGCCAAGGCGUUCCAUGACUACAGUGCGGCAGCAGCGCCGAGUCCAGUGAUGGGGAACAUGCCCCCGGGGGAGGGGCUUCCUAGCGGACCCAUGCCACCUGGCUUCUUCCAGGGCCCUCCUGGCUCACAGUCCUCUCCUCAUGCUCAGCCUCCUCCUAACAGCAUGAUGGGACCCCACGGACAGCCUUUCAUGUCCCCUCGUUUUGGAGGAGGCCCAAGGCCACCAAUCAGAAUGGGCAACCAGCCACCAGGGGGAGUUCCUGCAGCCCAGCCAAUGCUGCCAAACAUGGACCCCAGGCUACAGGGACCAAUGCAGAGGAUGAAUAUUCCCAGAGGGAUGGCUCCCAUGGGCCCUGGGCCGCAGAACUUUGGGAGCGGGAUGAGACCCCCACACAACUCGAUGGGCCCGGGAAUGCCAGGAGUCGCUAUGGGUCCUGGAAAUGGAAGACCACCUUGGCCAAACCCAAACGCCAACAACAUGCCCUAUUCCUCGCCCUCUCCUGGAGCAUAUGGCGGUCCACAGGGGGGCGGUCCCCCUGGCACGCCCGGAAUCGUCCCCAGCCCUGCAGACUCCAACAACUCCAGCGAGAACCUGUACACCAUGAUGAACUCAGGAGGUGGAGGAGGACGGACUAACUUCCCCAUAGGUCCAGGCUCAGAGGGCCCCCUAGGGGCCAUGGCAGGAAUGGACCCAAUGCAUAUGAAUGGAGGUUCUGGAGAUCUGGAGGGGCUUCCAAAGAACUCCCCCAACAAUAUGAGUAACCUGACCAACAACCUGGGGCCCCCACGGGACGAUGAUGCUGGUGGCUACCUUCACUCCUUCCAGAAUGAGAAUCAAUACUCUCCCUCCAUGACCAUGAGUGUCUGAUAUCUGAUCGUGAUUCCCAGGGGGGCGGGACUUGCCACUGGCCAAUCGUUACAGAGAGACACGGGGAACAUGUACAGGAUGUGGGGGCCGCGCGUACCUGCCUCUGCUUUCACCGCUGGUCUCCUGCAAUAUCACUUUUUAUUUUUUAUUAAUAAUUAUUAUUACUUUUUAUUGAUAAGCCCCUCCCGCCCAGAUCAGUCAGCUGAUCUAAAUGUGACAUAAAUCUCUUGGAACAGUUUUUCUUUCCUCUUUCUCCUGAAAAGUUUGGCUUUAGAAAAGAAGGAGCAUCUUUUGGUUAUGAGCCCAGGAUGUGUAGCCGCUGCAGCCUCAGAGAAACCCAUCGUUCACUUCCUGUCCACCUGUUCUCGACCCUCCAGGCUGAACUCUCGAGCGUGGCCCUGGACUUCGCCCCGCUGGUCUUUUUUUUUUUUCUUUUUUCUCUUGCCUGUUAAGUGUCUAUUUUCUCGUCUCCAGUGACACGGCUUUUCUGAAGGGACAUUUACGUCUUUACACUCUGUCGUACUUUUUCGUCGUUGUUAUUAUUGUUUCUCUCCUCCCCCCAGUAUUAAUAAGUAGCUGCUUCCAAGGAAUAACUGCGUUCGGUCUGAUGUCUCCCGCCGAGGACGGGGAGGACGCCGUCAUCUUGUCCCUGCACUGAUUCCAUUUUGAUGCUCUUGGACUGCUGUCUCCAAUCCUUCCUCAGUGACUCUCUGAUUGGUCCGAUCAGAGGCGGACCCUGCCGAUUGUACUACCUUUUGAUUGGUGGAGCCUGAGGAAUCCCGAUUCCGCCUCCUCCAACCCUGCAUCUCUGUCCAGCUCUUCCCCCUGACGCGUAUGGCCAUCUGUAGCAUCCAUUACUUGUUAUGCUGAUGAUGAUCUGUGCUGGUGAACUGUUCCCAUGACGACUUCUCCCCCCUUUCACUACCAUGUGCCUCAGUUUUUAGUUUUGGGUUGUUUUUUGUUUUGGGUUUGGAAGGCCUGUGAUUUCAUGUUGUAGCUUCACCCCCGAAGGAAGGUGCUGAUGUGAAACAGAUGCAGUAGUGUGUGUUCACAUGGUUUCUGUGUUGGGCUCCAGUCGAACGCUACCACACACUCAUAGUACCAAUAGAAUCGUAAGUUAUUCUAUUUAUACAGACCUUUGGUAAUGGUUCUACGUUUAGGAGUUGUUUGUUUUACACUGCUUUUGUUAGCUUGUACAUCAUACUUUGGGCAAAAAUGCUUGUUUAUAUAUUGACAACUAAAUUAUUUGGCUCCUU